AUGGCUAAAGAGUUCACAGAAACACUUUGGAGAACCAUGGGGGUGCAUGUAGUAAUGUUUGCUUCCCAUGAGACCCCAGAUGCUCAGAUCAAGAUGGCUAUUUUGGAGACAGCACCCCCAGAUGGCAAGAAGGCCUUCUCUGUGUCUUCAGAGCCCACCAAGGAUUGGGUGCUGAAAGGGGAGCAAAUGUUAACAGAUUAUCUUUUGUCUGAACCUGGUGAAGGAGAUUUGAAUGACAAGAAGCAAGCAGUGGAAAUAGCCCUGGAUGAUGAAGGAAACCCCCAGGUGCCAGCUUUUACUGGGCAGAAGUUGAAGGCCCAGCAGAGUUUGGCUAGAGCUGUCUUCCAAGCAGCCUAUGCAAAGUUUACCAGGAAGCCAAAGGCCAAGGUUCCCUGGGGCUUGCUUAUCAAGUCCCCUUUGGAGUAUCUGGAUUCAACACCCAUCCCAGAUGGAUUUGUGAUGAAGGAUCCUUCAAAAUGGACCAAGGCUGACCUUAGGUUGCUUUGGAAUCAUUGGCAUUCCCUAGAGAAUGAGGAUAAGGUGAUCAUUUCAUUUAUCAAUUGCAAAAAGGAUGACAAGCCUUUGGGAAGGCCCUUUAACUGGAAAACCAGUGAGAAAAAAAGAGUGUGGGUGAGCCCUGAUGACAACAAUGAAGCUGGGGGGGAGCCCAGUGGAGUGGCUGGAGCAUCAGACUCAGAGGCAGAGUUGGAAACUGGUGGGGCAAGGCCAUCCAAGACCCUUUCCAUCAUGCCCAGGUACCAGGAUCUCAUUGAUCUUGUAUAUGCCUUACCAGAGACAGAACCUGAUAUGGAACCCAGGGUAGGGUUGCCUGAAUGGGCAUCAUGGACUUGGAGUGCCCAGUAUCUGCCCCAAGAGAUCCAUGCCAAUGGGGGUUCCUUCUGGAAGGCACUGAGUCAAUUGCAAUCCCAGAGGUUUACUUCCAGGGUGAAAGGUCUUCCUGUGGUACUUGGAUUUGGUAUGUUGUGGAGGGAGUGUAAGAGGGCACAGGAAGUAGAAGAGGAUGACCCAGAAGUUGCUAAUCUGGGUUUCUUGCUGGACUCUAAGCCUGAUAUCAGCAGAGGCAAAGAUGUUAUGGCUGCAGUGGGGGUGGUAAUUGCAAGGUUAGUGCAAAAUUCUGGUGACUCAGAGGAACAGGGAGGCUCUGGGAAAAAAACUGGUGGAGAUGCAGAGCACUCUGGUGACAGUGGGAGGGGUGGUGAGGAAAAGGAACCAGAGGAUACACCCCAGGAGAAAAGGAAAAGGAAAAGGGGAGGCAGUGGGAAUGUUGAGAGGAAGAAGAAGAUGACAAAGGGGGGUUCAAGGGAAGAUGGGGUUCAGGAGAAUGAGGGCAAGAGACCAAGCAGACAUCAGCAACCAACCAAGAGAGCUCUGGGACAGGGUUUGUAG